UGUCAGAGUUUCCUCCUUGUCUUUCGUGAACCCCCAGCCUCACUUCUUCUUCCAAAAGCCGAACCCAGACCCUGUUCUCUAGUUCCCAUCGACGUUCUUGAUCCUCUCUGGUUCGCACCCGUGUUUUUAAUCAAUUCUGGUUCGCAUAGGUGACUCCGGUACUGUUUCUUCGUCGAUAGCCUUUUCCUAUGGCCACAACAGAAGAUACUCCAGCUUCUGCUGGUCCAAGAUAUGCUCCAGAGGACCCAACUCUUCCCCAACCAUGGAAGGGACUUAUUGAUGGAAGCACAGGAAUUCUCUAUUACUGGAAUCCUGAAACCAAUGUCACUCAGUAUGAAAGACCUUCUGCGCCUCCUCCCCACUCUGCCACAACACCGAAGCUAGCUCAGAUUCCUGUACCCUCUUCAGGACAAGGUCACCAAGCUCAGCAUGAACAAGCAAAACCAGUUGGUCAUGUGUCUCAGCAGCAUGGUUUCCAACAACAGCCACAGCAAUUUCCAUCCCAACAUGUAAGACCCCAAAUGAUGCAGCAGCAUCCGGCCCAGCAAAUGCCUCAACAAUCAGGUCAACAGUUUCCCCAACAACAGAGCCAAUCGAUGGUGCCGCACCCACAUGGGCAUCCUUCUGUACAGACUUAUCAGCCAACGACGCAGCAGCAGCAGCAAGGGAUGCAGAAUCAGCAUUCACAAAUGCCUCAGCAGCUGAGCCAUCAGUAUGCUCAUUCACAACAACAUUACAUGGGUUUUCGGCCUCACAUGCAAACGCAAGGACUUCAAAAUUCACAUCAGACACCUCAGGGUGGUCCCCAUGGUCAGCAGUUUCCGAGCCAGCAAGAGUACAACUCAUUGGCUCCGAAGAGGGAGGGGGAUGAGUUCCAUGGGGGUAAGAAAACUGGGUUUUCUCAACCCCAUUUACCAAAUUCUGAACGUUCACCAUCUCAAAAUACCCACUUUGAAGCCAAUGCAGCAUCACAAAAGACGAAUGCAAACUUGGCUAUGGCUCAGAAAUGCAAUGGACCUCAAGCAAAUGCUGCAGUCACACAGUUUCAACAGCCAGGGGCGAACCUAAUUCACCAGCAACUUGGACCUAGGGCGCCAAAUCAAAUGGACCAGACAAUGUUGCACCAGAAGUCUCACGUUUCCCCUUUCCAAUCAAAUAAUACUUAUGAGAAUAAUCUACAAUCUAGGCCUGGUAAUGACUCGUACGUUAACAUGAGAAUGGAAGUGCCGGUUAGGGGUGCCCAACCACUUCAUCCUGCAGCAAUGCCUAAGGAUAUAAGGAUAAGUGGUGGUCCACCAACAAAUGCUGAUCCCGCCAUGGGGCAAACAGGGCAUGGAACAUAUGGACACGCUGGUCCAGCUUUUCCAAAUAAAUCCUUGGUGCGGCCUCAUUUUGUCACAUCUCCUGAUGUUCCCCAUCUCUCUCCCGUUGAAAUAUACCGAAAACAACAUGAAGUCACAACAACUGGCGAGAACAUUCCAGCACCAUACAUCACAUUUGAAUCUAGUGGUCUCCCACCUGAAAUCCUUAGAGAGUUGCUUUCUGCUGGAUUUCCAUCGCCAACACCGAUCCAGGCCCAAACAUGGCCAAUUGCUCUGCAAAGCAGGGAUAUAGUUGCAAUUGCAAAAACUGGUUCUGGUAAAACAUUGGGAUACUUGAUCCCUGCCUUCAUUCUUCUAAGGCACUGUCGUAACGACUCCCGCAAUGGCCCCACAGUUUUGAUCCUAGCUCCUACUCGGGAGCUAGCCACACAAAUACAAGACGAAGCACUAAGGUUUGGACGGUCUUCCAGGAUAUCAUGCACUUGUUUGUAUGGUGGAGCUCCAAAGGGUCCUCAAUUGAAAGAGUUGGAACGAGGAGCUGAUAUUGUGGUGGCAACUCCUGGGCGUCUAAAUGAUAUACUGGAGAUGAAGAUGAUUGAUUUCCAGCAGGUUUCCCUUCUUGUGCUUGACGAGGCAGACCGAAUGCUUGACAUGGGUUUUGAACCCCAAAUCCGUAAGAUUGUGAAUGAAAUACCUCCUCGGAGACAGACUCUUAUGUACACAGCCACUUGGCCAAAAGAAGUAAGAAAAAUUGCAAGCGAUCUUCUUGUGAACCCUGUCCAAGUUAACAUAGGCAGGGUAGAUGAGUUGGCUGCUAACAAAGCAAUAACGCAGUAUGUUGAAGUAGUCCCACAAAUGGAGAAAGAGAGACGUUUGGAGCAAAUCCUUAGGUCACAAGAACGAGGUUCAAAAGUUAUAAUAUUUUGCUCCACGAAGAGGCUUUGUGACCAUCUUGCACGUAGUGUCGGACGUCAUUUUGGCGCUGUUGUGAUCCAUGGAGACAAGACUCAAGGUGAGAGAGAUUGGGUGCUUAACCAGUUCCGAAGCGGGAAGUCUUGUGUACUGAUAGCUACUGACGUUGCUGCCCGGGGACUCGACAUAAAAGACAUACGGUUUGUUGUAAUAAUUCCUGGUAUAUAUCUCUUUGCUUGUUUGUUAUCAAGAUUACUUACCUUUGUUCGUGUUUAUACUACUUCAGAGUUGUGAUCAACUACGAUUUUCCAACUGGAGUUGAAGACUAUGUCCACCGUAUUGGGAGAACCGGUCGAGCUGGUGCAACUGGAGUUGCAUUCACUUUCUUUACAGAGCAAGAUUGGAAAUACGCACCUGAUUUGAUCAAAGUCCUGGAAGGAGCGAACCAGCAAGUACCGCCUCAAGUAAGAGAUAUUGCAAUGCGUGGUGGUGGUGGUGGUGGUCCCGGUUAUAGCCAGGAUCGAAGAGGUAUGGUUAACCGGUUUGACUCUGGCGGUGGUGGUACCCGUUGGGAUUCUGGUGGUGGGUUUGGUGGGCGUGGUGGUGGGUUUAGUGGCCGUGAGGGUGGGUUUGGAGGCCGUGAGGGUGGAUUUGGGGGCCGUGAGGGUGGAUUUGGAGGCCGUGGGGGAAGAUUUGGAAUGAGAGAUGACUCAUUUGGACGUGGCGGGAAUCGUGGUCGGGGUUUUACUGGUCCUGAUGCUGGUCAUAUGAAUGUGGGUGGUAGAGGCGGAUUUGGUCGGUUUGGCAAUAAUAAUAAUAUGGAGAGCCGAGGCUUUGGUCGUGGUAGUGGUAGAGGCUUUGGUCGUGGUGUUGGACGGUUUGACAACAGAAGAGGUAGAAGUCGCAGCAGAAGUCCUGAUUUGGUUCGGCCACGGCGCCGUAGCUCGAGCUAUAGCCGGAGUCGAAGCCGGAGCGGGAGCUAUAGUCGUAGCCGUAGCCGUAGCAGGAGCUGGUCACGUUCAAGGAGUCGCAGCCCUAGACAUAGCCGUGACCGAGGUGGUCAUAACAGGAGCAGAAGCUAUAGCCGUAGUCCUAGUCCGGUUUAUGAAAGACGAGAUAGAGCGCCACGUGUUUCUGGGUUUGAUAUUAAACCACCAGUUGAAUCUGUAGUGAACCUGGACAUGAAUGCCGCGGCAGCGAUUGAAAACGUGGUUCCUACAUCCUUGUCUGAGAGACAAGGGAAUGGGGUUGUUGAAUCGGAGGUAGAAGCGGCUUUAGUACGACCAGUGGUUGAUGAAGAACCCUAAAACCAAAUCAUAGAAUGAUAUAAAUCCUCACUACGGAGAUAUCACAAGCUCACCCCAAAUUUUUUGGGUAUUGAAUGGAUUCACCAAAUCAGACAGCUGACACGUCUUCUCAGAUUUGUUGGCUGAGGUUUCUUUAUUUUCAUUUUUUUAUUUUUUUCUCAUGUUCUUGUUGUAUCAUGGAGAAUUAGUUUGUAAUGUAUUUGAGAAUUUUUAUCGUUUAUGUAAACGCCUUCUAUUGCCUUCAGAAAAAUCUAGACUAGCAUCAAAGGAAGAACUUGGGAAAAACUGUAAUUCUAGUCUUCUAGAUAGACAGAUACAGCAUUUAGAGAUGAUAAAUUUACAAUGUUCUUGGAAUGGUG